UCCAAUUUACAGGCUGGAGCAGCAGCUGCAUCCUUCAUUUCCCUGAAGAAUUGCAUGAUUUCUACUCCUUGCAAACUUUAUCAUCUUUAUUUUUGCAGAAAGUCGGAAAUCAACAUGCAGAACAAGCACUCAUUUAUAGGUGUUCAGUUUCUCUUGUGGUUUCUUCUGCUCUGCAUGCUUAUUAGGAAGUCACACACUGAAGAAGAUAUGAUAAUUACAACCAAGAUCGGGAAAGUGAGAGGGAUGAGCUUAUCAGUACUUGGUGGCACUGUCACUGCCUUUCUUGGAAUUCCUUAUGCACAGCCACCCCUUGGUAUGCUUCGAUUCAAAAAGCCACAACCCCUGAAUAAGUGGUCUGACAUUUGGAAUGCCACAAAAUAUGCAAAUUCUUGCUAUCAGAACAUUGAUGAAAGCUUCCCAGGCUUUCCGGGAUCAGAGAUGUGGAAUCCAAACACCGACCUCAGUGAGGACUGCUUAUAUCUGAAUGUGUGGGUUCCGGCACCUAAACCAAAGAAUGCUACUGUAAUGAUAUGGAUCUAUGGUGGUGGCUUUCAGACUGGGACAUCCUCUUUACAUGUCUAUGAUGGCAAGUUCCUGGCUCGGGUUGAAAGAGUUAUUGUAGUUUCAAUGAACUAUAGGGUGGGUGCCCUAGGAUUCUUAGCCUUACCAGGAAACCAAGAGGCUCCAGGGAACAUGGGCUUAUUUGAUCAACAACUGGCUCUUCAGUGGGUCCAUAAAAAUAUAGCAGCCUUUGGCGGAAAUCCUAAAAGCGUUACUCUCUUUGGAGAAAGUGCAGGAGCAGCUUCAGUGAGCUUUCAUUUGCUUUCUCCUAGAAGCCACCCUUUGUUCACCAGAGCCAUCCUUCAAAGUGGAUCCUCUAAUGCCCCUUGGGCAGUAAUUUCUCCUUAUGAAGCCAGGAAUAGAACCUUGACCUUAGCAAAAUUUAUUGGUUGCUCCAGUGAGAAUGAGACAGAGAUAAUAAGAUGCCUUCAAAAUAAAGAUCCCCAGGAAAUUCUUCUGAAUGAAGUGUUUGUUCUCCCUUAUGACACUCUCUUGUCAGUAAAAUUUGGUCCCACUGUGGAUGGUGAUUUCCUCGCUGACAUGCCAGACACACUACUCCAACUUGGACAAUUCAAAAAGACUCAGAUAUUGGUGGGUGUUAAUAAAGAUGAAGGGACAGCUUUUCUAGUAUAUGGUGUUCCUGGUUUCAGCAAAGAUAACAAUAGUAUCAUAACAAGGAGGGAGUUUCAAGAAGGUCUAAAAAUGUUUUUCGAAGGAGUGAGUGAAUUUGGGAAGGAAUCAAUUCUUUUCCAUUAUGCUGAUUGGUUAGAUGAUCAGAGACCUGAAAACUACCGUGAGGCCUUGGAUGAUGUUGUUGGCGAUUAUAAUAUCAUAUGUCCUGCUUUGGAGUUUACCAAGAAGUUCUCAGAUUUGGGAAACAAUGCCUUUUUCUACUAUUUUGAACACCGAUCUUCCAAACUUCCUUGGCCAGAAUGGAUGGGAGUGAUGCAUGGCUAUGAAAUUGAAUUUGUCUUUGGUUUACCUCUGGAAAGAAGAGUUAACUACACAAGAGCUGAGGAAAUUUUGAGUAGAUUCAUUAUGAAAUCUUGGGCAAAUUUUGCAAAGUAUGG